UCAUAAGAGACUAAAGGAAGACAUGAAAACUAAGAUCUCAAGGGUCUAUGUAAGGACUAAUGCUACUGAGACCAACCUUGUAGUAAAGGAUGGAUAUCAAUGGAGGAAAUAUGGUCAGAAGGUGACCAGGGACAACCCAUCUCCUAGGGCUUACUUCAAGUGUUCCUUUGCACAAAGGUGCCCUGUAAAGAAGAAGGUGCAAAGAAGUGCAGAAGAUAGAUCCAUAUUAGUAGCAACUUAUGAAGGAGAGCAUAACCAUCCAAACCCUUCAAGACCUGAGACAGCAUUGGGUUCAAAUCAUGGUGUAGCCACUCUAGGCUCAAUCCCCUGUUCUGCCUCCAUUAACUCAUCUAGUUCGGGUCCAAUGAUAACUCUAGAUCUAACCCAUCAGCAGCAGCAGCAGCCUCCUCAGCCUGGGACGAUGGUCAAUGAAGUGAAGAAUUCAAGCCCAGAUCAAGUAAAGUCACCGGCUUCCCAACAGUUUAUGAUUGAGCAGAUGGCUUCUUCUUUGACCAAAGAUCCAACUUUCACGGCAGCACUUGCAGCUGCCAUCUCUGGAAGAUUUCAACAGCAAUCUGUAGCUGGAAGAUGGUGAUAUAUAGUAUAUUUCUUUAGAGAAUUUUCUUGUAUUUUGUUUUGAUUCAUCUUCAGCACUUUGAAGAAUGGAGAAACCAUCCAAUGUAAAUAGAAUUUGAAAUGAAAAAAAGAGUCUUUAA